AACAAUGACAUUUAUAGCAAAGACUUUUUAUGACCUGCAAGCAACUACACUAGAAGGGGAAACAUUAGAUUUUAAUAUUUUCAGAGGAAGAGUCGUUCUUAUUGAGAAUGUGGCAUCACUUUGAGGGACAACCACCCAGGACUACAGCCAGCUCAAUGAGCUCCAGAGCAGAUAUCCUCACCGACUUGUGGUCCUGGGCUUUCCCUGUAACCAGUUUGGAUAUCAGGAAAACUGCUCUAAUGCAGAAAUUCGGAAUUCAUUGAAGUAUGUACGUCCAGGUGAAGGGUAUCAGCCCACAUUUUCCAUUUUGGAGAAGUGUGAUGUAAAUGGAAAAGAUGCACAUCCUGUCUUUUCCUACUUGAAAGACAAGCUUCCUUAUCCAGAUGAUGACCCUAUAUCAUUUAUGCAGAACCCUAAAUAUCUAGCCUGGAACCCUAUUAGUCGGAAUGAUAUUUCAUGGAACUUUGAAAAGUUUCUAAUCGGACCAGAGGGUGAGCCCUUUAAAAGAUACAGUAGAAAGUUCAACACUAUUGAUAUUGAACCAGACAUCCAAAGACUGCUGAAGCUGACCAAAAAUGAAUCAAAACAUGCUAGUGAUCAUUGUGUUUGACUCAAACUUAGCAUCAUUGCGGCAUCAUCUCACUUUCUUUUAUAUUACUUAAUGAGAGUGAUACAGCAAAGUGUAAAGAGGUAUCACUUGAGACAACUGUAAAUAUAAAAGAAUUACAGAUCAUGUCAUUAGCAAAUUAUUGCUGCUCCAAAAAAAUGUGUAAUUCAAGUUAAACAGAUUAAAAACUAAGUACAUUAUUAAAUAGUACAUUCCAUACUAUUUGUACUGCAUGGUAGUAUUAUUUUAUCAUAUCAAAUACAUGUCUUACUGUUGUAACUGUUUCAACAUAAAUUUGUAUCUUUUGUCAGUGGAACUGUCUGUAUUUCUGUAUGGUUUAAUUACUAUAAAAACACAUAAAGCAUACUGACUGCCUGUCAUUAAAAAUGAUUUGUGUGAACGAGCUAAAGCUAAAUUGUUGCUCAUCUACAAAUGACCAAAAUGGUACAGUUGUACAUCAUUUUAUAUAGUUCAAGUUAGUAUGAUGCAUUUUGCUGGAUUAUUAUACAGUUUUAGUCAAAUAAUAAUUAUUUAAUUAUUUUAUAAGACCAAAUUAGACCUAAAGAGUUUCAAAAAAGGAAAUUUCCUAAUUCACAACUAAUAAAUUCUCCCUAUUUUUCAUAAACAUUUAUUUGUUCAUUUAUUGAGUGCAUGCUGUGACCUCCUGGCUGACACUGGUUUCUCCAAAGGUUUUUUUUUCUCCAUUUAUUUAUCAUUGGAGUUUGGGUUCCUCGCCACAGGGCAGUGUUGGCUUGCUCACCGGGAGACUGCAUUUAUUAGAUAUUAUUUACUAGAAUGAUGUUGCUUGUUCUAUUAACACCAUGCACUGUGCUGUGUUUUACAUUUUGUGUGUUUUUCUGUUUUUCUCAUUUUCUCCUGUAAAGCUGCUUUGGAACAAUGCACAUUGUGAAAAGCUCUAUAUAAAUAAAAAAAUAA